CGUGUCUUGACUGCCCAAGCCUGACUUCUGCAAUGCCACAAUCAACAUCAUGUCUGCGCGACUGUCAGGGACACUUAAUUGCGUGAGACGGUCUACAGCCGUCCGGUCAACAUCUUCGACGACGGCUCUCCGAAGCAACUCACAAACAUGGAGACGAUGGCAAUCGAUCUCACAAAGACCAGGCUCGGACAGAGUCCACUUCCCUGGCGCUGUGAAUAGUAGAUUCACCACCUCUCUGAACUUCCAAGGCACCUCUGCCGACUCCGCCAUGCCCACGUACCGUAUCCUCGACCAAGACGGCAUCGUCGUAGACCGCAACCGCGCUCCCCUCGACGUCACAGACGAUCAAGCCCUCCGCUGGUACAAAGACAUGCUGACAGUCUCCAUCAUGGAUAACAUCAUGUUCGAAGCGCAGCGCCAAGGCCGUCUCUCAUUCUACAUGGUAUCCGCAGGCGAAGAAGGCAUCGCAGUCGGCUCCGCCGCAGCACUCCUCCCCGACGACGUCAUAUUCGCCCAAUACCGCGAGACCGGCGUCUUCCAAACCCGCGGCUUCACCCUUGACGACUUCAUGUCGCAGCUCUUCGCCAACAAGCACGACAGCGGCCGCGCGCGCAACAUGCCCGUCCACUACGGCUCCCGGAAGCUCAACAUCCACACCAUCUCCUCCCCUCUAGCCACACAGAUCCCCCAGGCCGCCGGCGCAGCAUACGCGCUCAAGAUGCAAGACGCCGGCAACCCCGACCGCCCGCUCGACAAGCGCCGCGUCGUAGCAUGCUACUUUGGCGAAGGCGCCGCCUCGGAAGGCGACUUUCACGGCGCGCUCAACAUUGCCGCUACCCGCUCCUGCCCCGUCAUCUUCAUCUGCCGCAACAACGGCUACGCUAUCAGCACCAGCACGCUCGAGCAGUAUCGCGGCGACGGCAUCGCGUCUCGCGGCAUCGGCUAUGGCAUCGACACCAUCCGCGUCGACGGCAACGACAUCUUUGCCGUGCGCGAAGCUACCGCGCGGGCGCGUGAGAUGGCUCUGCGCGAUGGCGGGAAGCCCGUGCUGAUCGAGGCCAUGUCGUACCGAGUGUCGCACCACAGCACGAGUGACGACAGCUACGCGUACCGGGCCAAGGUCGAGGUUGAGGACUGGAAACGACGUGACAACCCCAUCACACGACUGCGGAAGUGGAUGGAGAACAAGGGGGUCUGGGAUGAGGCCAAGGAGCAGGAGGCGAGGAGCCGGAUUCGCAAGGAGGUGCUGGGCGCGUUUGCGAAAGCGGAGAAGGAGAAGAGACCGCCUCUACGAGCGAUGUUUGAAGACGUGUAUGCGGAGAUGACAGAGGAGGCCGAGGGUCAGGUGCAGCAGCUAAAGGAUGUAUUGAAGAGAUACCCGAACGAGUACGACUUGGGAGACUAUGAUGGUGGACUAGACGGGCUGGAGAAAAAGCCGAGGUAGCCCGAUCAAUACGAAAAUAUCUUUUUGAAUUAUUCUGGCAUGAUACAUCUCCCCAACGACGAACCCACUUCUGUGUCGACGUUACCCAGACGACCCGAGCACAUUCGCUGCUUUCCGGACACACCUGUCCGAGCAGGAGGGAGUUCAGCCUGUGCCCGUCCAGAACGCCAAUACAAAUUCCACCUAGCCUAGCCCACAGAUGUGAACAUAUAUUCUAGUUCUCCACACAUUUUUUCGCUGCGCCGAGACACUCCCUGAUGCCGAAGAAUAGAAAGGAAAGCUAACG